AUGACUUAAGCUAUUAACAGACGUUCCGAUUUGGUUGGUGCCAACCACCCGACCACGACCAAAACGGAAAGUGUGGAGAGCGGUCGGUCCAACAUAAUUAUUAUUAUUAUUGGUUGGACGUGGUCGGAUCGCCAACGCAUCCGACAAGCCGACCGUCCAACCAAAUUGGAACGUAUGGAAGCUACGUUCCGACCAAAUCGACUCAAUCGCACUCGCUACGCCGGCGUUGUAGGACGUCAACAUGAACGCCGAGGGAGUGACGGUCACCGAACGUGACAUAUUAAUAAAGUUACUAGAACUUUAUAAAGACUUUCCCUGUUUGUGGGACUUAAGUCACAAAGAUUACGCCAAUAGAGAUGCCAGAAAUCAAGCGUAUUUGAUAAUGCUGAACGUUUUUAAAAAAAAUGACAGUGCAGCUACUUUGAAAACGUUGAAAACUAAGUUGGACAAUAUGCGUACAUCCUAUAAGAGGGAGCGAAAAAAGGUGGAAGCUAGCAAGACUAGUGGUGCUGGAAACGAUGAAGUGCAUUUGCCAUCACUAUGGUACUACGAACAUCUCUCAUUCUUGGACGAAAAAACCACACCGACGACAGAGGUUAUUGACAAUAUGGAUACGAAUUCUUCCCUGUCAAAUAAUGAUGGGGAACCUGCAACAAAAAGAGAACGCGUUACGAGAAAAAAGCAAAAUGAUAUUUUAAAGAAACAGUCGGAAUUACUAGAGUCUGCAAAAAUAUUAAUAUCAGGCGACGGCACAUCAGCUGAUGCUUUUGGGAACUCCGUGAGCUCUCAACUCAAGGAGCUCCCAAAAAUACAAAGAUGCCUAGCCGAAAAAUUAAUAGGCGAAGUAUUGUUCUAUGCAAAACUAGAAAUCCUUACUUUUGAAACAUCAAUAAAUGUAAAAAGAAGUUCAGAACAAUCUUUUGGUCAGCGGUAUGCGUAUCAGCAGCAGGUGCCAAAACCAUCACUAGCACCAUCAUCACAGCAUCACCAGCCAUCACCAUAUGUACCAUCACCAACACCAUCACCAUCAUCACAGCAUCACCAGCCAUCACCAUAUGUACCAUCACCAACACCAUCACCAUCACCACAGCAUCACCAGCCGUCACCAUAUGCACCAUCACCAACACCAUCACCACAGCAUCGUCAGCCAUCACCAUAUCAAUCGUCACCAUCACCAUCACCACAGCAUCGUCAGCCAUCACCAUAUCAAUCGUCACCAUCACCAUCACCACAGCAUUACCAGCCGUCACCAUAUGCACCAUCACCAACACCAUCACCACAGCAUCGUCAGCCAUCACCAUCACCUAAGUACUCACAUACAGCACAAUCUCAACCGUCACUUCAACACAGUCAGCCAUCACCAUCAACAUUACCUCAGCUUCCACCAUCAUCACACUCGUACCAACACAUAGUGUCCCCUCAGCUUACAUCGGAUGACUCAUCUUCACAACUAAUCUAUGAUUUGCCACCAAUCCCAUUAGAUUCCACUUCAUUGAUUAAUGACUACCCAAACACUUCUUUUGAAUUAAGCAGCAAUCAACAACAAGUAUUCAGAGGAAAGGCGAAGGAAUUAAACAAAUAUUUGAUUUUUAAAAAGUAAUUUUUCGAAUUGAUAUUCGUAGGUAUUUUUUCAUUUUCAUUUUUAUGAUUUCGAAAGUAAGGAUACACCCAACAAAUAAUACAUUAAAUUUUUUAUACUUGCUAACAGAAUCACCAUCGUCAUGUUUGUUACUAUAGAAAAAAAAAUAUAAUUUUUUUAAAUAAUUAAAGUUGUUUUAUUGAAUACAUACCUUUAGGUAAUCGUUGAGUACUCUAAUGAUAGCUUCGCAGGUCUCUGGUAUUAUCUCAGACAGUAGUUGUGGUGAUAUACAUGUGCUUAAUUUAAGAUCUUUAUAUUCUCUUCCUGACGCGAGAUAUUUUAAAGUUGCCACUAAUCUUUCUUCGGCAGUUACAGCUCGCCUCAUAACUGUAUCGGUUUUCGUUAUAUAUUUUUUCACAAAAUUUAAUAUUUCAACGAAUGAUUCUGGAGUCAUUCGAAGAUAUGUUCGGAAAUCUUCAUCAUCCAAUUCCUUAAGGAGCCGCAUAUGGCUGUAAUAUUCUCUAUUCCUAUAAUAGAAUUUAGCCCAUUCGCUUCGUUUUUU